UUUCCUAUAUUAUCUCAUGCAUUGUUGCAUUUCACUAUCCACUUUCUUGCAUGUACUUGUCUAUUCGGCUAUUCCACCAUUCAGAUUCUGCAGCAACCAUAUUACAUCUCUCUCAAAUCUGAUCACAAGUUCAUGACGGACAAGUUCAGCUGCAUGCUCAUGAGAAUCAAUAUCGAUUGCAAUGGUUGUUACAGAAAAGUAAAGAGAGCCCUUCUUGAUAUGCGAGAACUGGAGACACAUUUGAUAGAGAAAAAGGAGUGCAGGGUGAGCGUGUAUGGUAGAUUCAUCCCACAAGACGUAGCAAUCAAGAUUAGGAAGAAGACUAAUCGCCGAGUUGAGAUACUCGACAUACAAGAACUUCAGGUCAGCAGUAACACCAAUGACAAUGAGCAAGAUCAACAUCAAGAGCAGCAGAGACCUUUGAUCAGUUCUAAUUGGAAUCUCAUAUCCAACAGCUGCAAUAACCAAUUCGAAACUCGUAUACACAACGAGAAACAUUAUUAAAAUCGUCUCGUUUCGAUGGGAGCUGCAAGAGCUAGAUGCAUCAUGCUUGUGUAACAUUCAUUUUCCUUGCGUUGAUUGUUUGGACUAGUAUGUAAAACUAACUGUUAUGUUACAUUUAAUACAAAAGGGGCACUGAAUCUUAUUGAGCAAAAUCUGGCUUCAAAGUCAAGCCGUGCACAUGUAAUGCUGUUUAUGUGCUACAAUAUAGUCCUGCAUACGUCUAUUCAA